UGAUCAAGUGUCCUUAACUAGUGCUUUAAUUUUUAAUUAAGUUAUUAAUUAAAUAAUUAAGCACCUCAUCACCACCACUACCCUCCAUGACUGUGACCCUGUACUUUCUUCAACAAUUUUUCUGAAAAAAAUUAAAAAUUUUGAAGGGAAAAAACCCCACAAACAGUUAAAAGCAGAUUGAUAAACCAACCAAUUUCUUCCCAAUUUUGUGUUGAUUAUUUAUUAUUAGUACAUCCAAAAAAGCUAAAAAAUUUUGCAGCAAGUUUACUCAAUUUUAAAUUUAUUUUUUUUUUCUUGGCACAACUAUCCAUCCACCAUAACCCUAAAACUUACUCUUUCUAUUUCUCAUCAUCUUCUGUAUUUAUUUAAUUUUCUCUCUCCUCAAAUCUUUGAAUUUCAUCCACAAUUCUCUCUCUGAAAAGGGUAAAUUGAAAUGGGUUUUUUGAGCUCCGAAUUCAAACCACCCAACUGGGUAUGGAAGUGAAGAAGAAAAAACCCACAUUUUUGUUGUUGUUCUGCAAAUGGGGAAGUCUGAAGAAAAUGAUGAAUUUUCUCUCUCCUCAGCUGCUGUUAAUGGUGAAGGAAUUUCUGGGUCUAAUGCAGAAAGAGGAGAGUGUAGUUUAAUUUGUAGGGUUUUUAAGCUCAGGUGUAUUUUAGCACUUUUGCUUGGGAUUUCAGUUUUUCUUUCUGCUGUUUUUUGGUUGCCCCCCUUCUUAAAUUUCGCAGAUCGAAGUGAUUUAGAUCUAGAUCCACGGUAUCGAGGUCAUACAAUUGUUGCAAGUUUUAGAUUAAAAAGGCCAGUUUCAUUUGUGGAAGACAAUAUUGAAGAGCUCGAAGGAGGGAUCUACGAGGAUUUUGGAGCUGCUAAUGCAAAAGUGGCCAUCUUAUCAAAGGAAAGUUCUGGAUUAAAUUCUACAGAUAUCGUGUUUGCGAUUGAUCCAGUGUCCAAAAAUUCUAUUUCUUCAGCCCAACUGAGUUUAAUUCGAGCAAAUUUUGUAUCUUUGGUGAUACGACAAUUCGACUUUGAGUUGAUCCCAUCUUUGUCUGGAGAGUCAUCUUUCUUUGAGGUGCUGAAGUUUCCUGGUGGAAUUACUAUUAGUCCUCCCCAAAUCGCAUAUCCGCUGCAGAAAGUUCAGAUUCUUUUUAACUUCACUUUAAACAACUCUAUUCUCCAAAUACAAGAAAAUUUUGAGGUGCUGAGGAACCAACUUAAAUAUGGGUUACAUUUGACUGGUAAUGAGAACUUGUACAUUCGCCUGACAAAUUCUAGAGGUUCCACUGUGGCUCCUCCUGCUACUGUUCAGACAUCUGUUGUGCUGAAGGUCGGAGUUCCCUCUCAGCCGAGGCUGAAGCAGCUGGCUCAAACCAUAAGAGAUUCUCCUGCUAGAAAUCUCGGUCUUAAUAACACUGUCUUCGGUAAAGUCAAACAAGUUAGCCUUUCUUCAGUACUUCAACAUUCUUUAAGUGGUGAUGCUCCUAGCCCAACACCUGCUCCUACUCCUGCUCCUCUUCCUCACCACCACCACCACCAUCACCACCACCAUCACUAUCACCACCACCAUCAUAACGACCAUGAUUAUUUACCUCCUACUAGUGCGCCCUCUUUUUCACCUGUGGAAGCUCCUCAACCUGUAAAGAGUGCUCCUCCGCCACAGAGAAGUGCUCCCUCACCUGUGAGACAUCGCCGAGCUUUUCCAUCUUUUGCCCCUGCACCUGCUAGAAGCUAUCAGGCAAGCCCUCCAGGUGCCCAUCCGCCUUUUAGAAGCUAUCCAGCAGACCCCCCAGGCUGCAGGUUUAGAUUCAGGAGUAGGCAUUUCCCAAAAAGCCCUCAACAAUCUCCUAGGGCACCUAGAAUGCCUCCUCGCAGUUAUGUUGCUGCCACACCACAUCCACAAGCUAAGCCACCAACUCCCGUUGCACAUCGGAUUUCACCAUCUAGUCCUUUGCCAAAUGUUAUAUAUGCUCGUGUUCAUCCCCCAUCAGCAAGUGAAAUGGACCCAGGGCCUCCAGACAAGAUGCCAUCAAUCACACCUUCUCCAUCUUCUGGAGAUCAUAUUACAGCUUUUUCUUGGGUAAUCUCACUGUUAGUAGCUCUUUUACUGCAUAACUGUUGGUAGAAUGUGCGAUUCCCUCGUCUAGGUGAGUUCUACUCCACGGCAUCUAAUGGACUUGUUUGUAUCAUCCAAAAUUGAAGAAAGAAAACAUCCUAAGCUGGCGGAAACUUGUAAAGUGGGAGCAAUGCAAAGAUGGCAUUCUCCACAGUUGCUUGAGUGAAUAUACGGUGUUGUUUUUGUACAUGUAAAUAUACAAUUGAAACAAAAUUCGAGUGGCGGGAUGCAUUCUCAGGUCAAAGUCCACAAAAGUGGCAGGCCACCUUAAUGAGAAUGCCAUAGCCACUUGUUUGUGUAAUGAACUCUCUUCUGCAGAAGUGUAAGGCCAAAGUCAAGAAUUUAUCAUCCAAUACAUUUUUGCCCUUAAAAGUCUCGGCAUCGAAGGCAUGCCAUGAGUCUUUUUCGUUAUAUCCGUUGCAUUAGGAAACAAUAACAUUACGGGUUAAAUGUUAUUACCAUAUUCGACAUCUCAACAACUUUGAUCUUCCAGAAUUCUACUGGACCCUAAUGGUAGGCUGUCUACUGUCUAGAUUUGGUAUGUGAAGUUGAUUAGUACACUUCCUGAAAGCGACACGAUAUAAUUGCCUUAUUAUUGUAUUUUAUAUCUAGAUUUGCUCUGGAUUAUGAUGUAUGUUGUAAUAGUUUCACGGUGUUGAUGGGAAGUAGCUGUUUGCUU